CUUAAAAUUUCCCAAAAUAAUCCAAUAUUUCUGAUCCAAAAUUCGAAUCUUCUCUGAAAUAGUGAAAAUUUGGAUAGUAAUUAACUAACUAAUCUAAACUAUUCGACCCAGUUGAAGGCCCAAUUCAGUGGCUUCCUCUUCGAUUUUUCUCAUCUUCUUCCCUUUGUUAAACAAAAAUCCAGACUUUGAAAAACGGCUUCAAUCCCUUGUUGGCUCCCAUUAAUUCGUUCCAAGCAAUCUUCUUCGAUCUCCCUCGUGUUGGAUGGCACAUUCUUUGAGUUUCAUCUCCACCAACUUGAACAGUUUAGUCCUUAACCAUCAUCAGUGCCAGAGUUUCGGAACGUUUGUGUCGUCGCCAUUUAAACGAAAGAGGAGAUUUGCAAGAAGCAUUAGAGCUUUACAAGAGACUGAAGGUCCAACGCCAAGAAGAUUGAUAGACAUUAUAAGAUCUGUUCCUGAAAUCUCUAGGAAUUACUUCAAGAAGCCUUCAAGAAGAACGCUUUUUGGAGGAAUCUCGUUGUUAGGUGGCUUUUAUGUCGCGCAGACUAUCUCUCUCUCGUUUGGAGCAUUGGGAGUGAACGAUGUUAUUGCUGCGGUUCUAUGCGUUCUUUUGACAGAGUAUGUGACAAGAUUCUAUUAUAGCCGCACCACAGUCACAUUUCCUAUUGCUCUGCUCAAUAAUUUCAAGAUGGGUUUCACUUAUGGUCUCUUCAUUGACGCCUUCAAGCUGGCUAGCUAACUGUUUGCAAAACUGAGUCACCAGAGAUCCCAAGCUCGUGUAUUUACUUGUUUUUUCUCCUCAAAUGUAAUAUUUUGUUGUCAUAAUUUUGUAGUGAAGCAACCAAAAACUUUGAAGUUAAAGAGAAUCUGUAGUAUGCUUAAAUAUCCUGGGCCCUCUUGUUUCUGGUUAGCCAUGUCAAGUACCUUGCCUUCUCUUGCUUGUAUCUUUUCCGUUCUUGUAGUGCUAGCUGCAAGGACGUGUCCUGCCAUGAGCAGGAAAAACGGCGUGUACACUGCAAAGCAAUGUUCAU